CAUUCGUAUUCUAUGAUGACAUUUUAACUGUCAAAAAUUCAAGAAUGUUUAUUCGAUGGAGGUCAAAAGUGAUAACCUAAAACAAUUUAUUUGUUGGUAAAUAUAUUAUUUUCCAAAAUUUGUGUGAUUUAUAUGAUGUACCAAAACGCCUGUGGUGCAGCAGCAUCUGCAGGGGGCUGUGUUGAAGCUGAUAAAGAGUGUCACAGCUUAAUUUCCAGAGAACCAGCGGUUCCUAUUGAACAUGACUAUAGUGGCUUUGAUAUUGUUAAAGCUACGCAGUAUGGAGCAUUUGCUCGAGUUAAGGAACUAAUUGACACGGGUUAUAAUGUAAAUCAGCGAGAUUCAGAGACUGUAACACUGCUGCACUGGGCUGCAAUAAAUAAUCGCAAAGAAAUUAUGCGAUUUUUUAUUGACAAAGGUGCUGAAGUGGAUGCAGUUGGUGGAGAGCUGGACGCAACACCAUUACAUUGGGCAACAAGGCAAGGUCAUUUAGAUGCUGUAGUUCUUUUAAUGAAUGCAGGUGCUGAUCCAACCCUGAGAGAUGCAGAGGGUUGUUCUUGUAUUCAUCUUGCAGCUCAAUUUGGACAUACUGCCCUUGUAGCCUACUUUGUUGCAAGAAAUGUAAGCCCUGAUUUACAGGAUCGAGGCGGUAUGACACCAUUAAUGUGGGCUUGCUGGAAAAUCUGUAGUUUAGAUCCAACAAGAUUGCUAUUAACAUUAGGUGCAUCAACCAGUUUGGUUGAUAAUACACAAGGAAAUACAGCCCUACAUUGGGCAAUAUUAGCUAGAAACUCUACUGCGAUAUCUACACUUAUAGUUCAGGGUAAUGCAAGCUUAGACAUUCCUAAUCAUCGUGGUGAUACGCCCUUAACUUUACUCCACGACCAUAUUGGUGAGGUCUGGGUUGGUUCUAAAGUAGCAGAUCGCAUAAAGGAGGCUACCAAUGUCAAUCGAGCUCACAACUUCUUAAAAAGACUGCUUCAGGACAAAAUACCAUUGCAGAGAUUAAGGUGGUGGUGCAUGAUUGGUACACCUUUUAUUGUGUUCUAUAUAAUUGGUCUCAUCCUGGAAGCUAAUAUUCUGGUCAUUAUAAAAAUAUUUCUCCUUGUAUGCGUAUAUAUCGUCGUACAUUACAUUGGACAGCUCUUCUAUGAUGAUCGACUGAUUGCCCUAUUGCCUUUGAGUAUUUAUUUGGCGACGAAGCUAUGGUUCUACAUCACUUGGAUUGUUUAUAUUAUGCCCAACGUGACUUUGCUUACAAGUGCGGUGUUUUUCGCCAGUUCUAGUUUGUUAUGGUACUGUUUCCUGAAAUCGUGGCUUGGAGAUCCUGGAGUUAUUGUUACCACUCGGGAGUUAAGAUUCAGGACAAUAAUUGAAUUAGCUGAAAAGGGUCCUGGUGGUUUUGAACCUUCAACGUUUUGUUCUGCUUGCUUGGUAAAAAGACCAUUACGUUCUAAACACUGCUCUAUAUGCAAUAGAUGCGUGGCUAAAUUUGAUCACCACUGCCCUUGGGUGGCAAAUUGCAUUGGUGCGAGUAAUCAUAAACAUUUUAUUGGUUUUCUAACAUGUUUGGUGAUAAUGUGUGGUCAGAUGGUUUACGGGGCCGUACAGUUUUGGAAAAACCUGUGCCACAUUUCGCCUACUAACGAAGGCUUUUGGAAAACGUUACUCAGUAUAAGCCAAUGCCAGACUUGGGUGGCUUGGGUCUCUGCAAAUGCUUUCCUUCAUUUAAUUUGGGUUUUUAUGCUCCUCAUUUGUCAAAUUUAUCAGAUAUCUUGCCUCGGUAUGACAACUAACGAACGUAUGAAUAAGGGUCGUUACGUCCACUUUGUAAACAACUCUGGUAAAAGCCCUUUUUCGCGCUCUCCUCUUGCAAAUCUGGCGGACUUUUUUGGUUGUCGAUGUUUCGGUCUUUUUACUCCACAAACCAAAGAUUGGACGACGAGUUACAACUUGGACAAAGGAAUAGAACAACAACCUCUCCUAAAACACAAGGACAACUUCCAGUAUGUGUGAGAGGUAAAGAUUAUGGGGAGAUGCGCCUUUGAUUCGCGUGUCCUGUAUCGGUUAGUUACUGUUCGCACGCGUCCCUGUACAAGAAGUACCAUGUGAUUGGCUGAAGACAUUCCGCAUAUGUAGGUCUUUUAAAAUUUGCUUUUUUGCUUGUGCUAUGUUAUUUUUUUAUGGCUAUAUUCAAGGGAUCGCAACAAGUAAAGUAUUUGUAUAUUGUAUUGAGGUGUAACGUAGGCGUAAACAGUACAGGGGGUUAAUAUCCUCUAAGAAGAGUCGUAAUGCAAUAAACGUAUCAAAAUAAAAUUUUGAAAGUUUCAAAAUUGGUUUUGAAAAAAAAAAUAAAAAAAAAAUUUAAUUGACAUAAUGAGUGUAAUGAUCAAAUACAUCUCAAUCUAGCUUACCGUCUUACAACAUACCUAUAUUUUUGUUAAAUUAAUUUAAAUUAAUAAAUGAAACUACGAGGAAGAAGGAUAUUUUGUAUUAUUAAAACAUAUUAAGUUUUUAUCAAUGAUUGACAGUCACUGAUAUAUAUUGAUUCAGCCAGAUUGCAGAGUAAAAAAGUUUAAUUAUUUUUCUGAUUUUUUUUCUUUCUUAAAAUUAAAUUAACUUCAAAAUCUGAAACUAAAAGA